AUGAAAAUUAUGCAAUCGGCAACGUUUGUGGCAACCAUCGACCCUGGCGUCGAGCAGAGUUUCAGUGCCGCCCUGACUGCCGUGGAGGGUAUACGUCUCGCUCCGCUCUCAUCACGCACACAGAAAAAUCAUCCUGUCGUGUUGGAGGUGAGAUUCUGCUGGUCUUCCCUGCCAGCGAAGUGCAAGUCGGUAUUCGUGGAGGCGCUGGAUGGUAGUGGAGAGCGAGGGACACUGCCCUGCCCAGGAGCUGGAAAUCAAUCACAAUUGCGGACAUUCCACGCCCUCUGCCCUAGCAGCUCCCAUGCCUUCUGUCCCAGCAGGUCCCACGCCCUCUGUCCCAGCAGGUCCCACGCCCUCUGUCCCAGCAGGUCCCACGCCCUCUGUCCCAGCAGGUCCCACGCCCUCUGUCCCAGCAGGUCCCACGCCCUCUGUCCCAGCAGGUCCCACGCCCUCUGUCCCAGCAGGUCCCACGCCCUCUGUCCCAGCAGGUCCCACGCCCUCUGUCCCAGCAGUCCCACGCCCACUGUCCCAGCAGGUCCCACGCCCACUGUCCCAGCAGGUCCCACGCCCACUGUCCCAGCAGGUCCCACGCCCUCUGUCCCAGCAGGUCCCACGCCCUCUGUCCCAGCAGGUCCCACGCCUAGCUUGUGUGUUCCCGUGCCCGCGAUUGUCACGGGCACCGCCAGUGGCACGCCCUCAGGCACGCCCUCAGGCACGCCCUCAGGCACGCCCUCAGGCACGCCCACAGGCACGCCCACAGGCACGCCCACAGGCACGCCCACAGGCACGCCCACAGGCACGCCCUCAGGCACGCCCUCAGGCACGCCCUCGGGCACGGAUGGGGGACUCCAUGAUGAGGGCGGCAUAUUUUAA